CCACCGUCACCAGGCCUGGCUGCAAAUAGGCACUGUCCACGAGGGGUUCUGAGUUUUCCUGUCGAGGUUUCUUUGAAAUUUUAUCGGUCUCAACGCUUAAACGAUGUUGUCGAGAGCGUUUUUCAGGGGAGCAAGCCGUAUUUUACAGUCUCGUGGGCAAGCAGUGUGCCGGUCGGGGAAUAGAUGCUGGUCUGUGCUCUCCAGUACUCGGUCUGUUUCGCUAUCACAAAGGCACUGGCUGAACAGAUUGUGUGCUUGCUCCAAAAUCUGUGUGUGCGGAGCGCAUAAGCUUACCCAAGGUGACAGUGACUUGUUAAGCUUCCUGAAAGAUGAGAUCAAGUUUGAACAAGAUAAUUCCCGCAACGUUCCAAAAUCUGAGUUAUUCCAGGCAAAAGUUGAUGAUACCAUAGUCAGACUUGAAAGAGAAUUCAAUGGUGAAAAGGUUGUCAUAACAUUUGACAUCAAUCAGAAUGUCAAUGAAGAUCAGUCUUAUGUCAGUGAUGCAGAGUCAGACAACGAAAGACCAGCUAAUGAAGACACUGCAGGCAAUAUUGUAUCAUAUCCAUCAUUUACUGUUGACGUCACUAAGCAUACAGGGAGCACACUGCGAUUCACAUGCGAAUACAACCAGGGUGUCAUUCCACCGGCAGAUGAGGGUGCUGAUAACAGAGAGGAGGAGGAUGUGUUUCAGAUCAUCAAUGUGUGUGUAAUGGAUAGCCCCAAUUCUGCUGACAACAAGGCUAUUUAUGCUGCUGAGACAGAGAAUAUUGACCCUAAUCUCUACACCAUGCUCUUGAAUAUGCUUGCGGAGAGGGGAGUCGACAACAGCUUUGGCCACUGGCUUUUGGAUUUCAGCACUGCUAUAGAACACCAACACUACAUCAAGUUUUUAAAGAAUUUGCAGGGAUUUGUGGAGGAGGAUUAAGAUGCUAACACCCCAAACAACUAAAAGGACCCUAACAAACAUUAAGACAAUUGAAGACAUUGGCAAAUUUGCAAGUUGUAGGUGUUAGUUCAAUUUUAAAAAGUGUUCUAAGGUAACAGCGAUAAUGAGGGUUUCAGGGAGGAUGGCAGCAGGAGACAUGAUUAUAUUGUGGUUUUUAUUAACAAAAACCUGUUUUCAGUCUAUAAAUUCAAGCUCUUCCUGUUGAACAAAGUAACUUAAUUUAAUCUUUAAGACACAAACUACUUCGUUAAAGACUGGUUGUACAGUAAAAAGUAAAAAAACAAAAACAACAACAACAAAAAGACAGGAGAACAAAGUUUUGAAUUGUUAGUAGAUAGUGCAUUUUACUAAGUUUGAUUACACUCAACCAGCUCUAUACUCUGUAAUCACUGGCUCUUGUUAAACAAAAUAGAAGCAUAUCGUGUAAGAUAACUUGAAAGGGCUUGAAUUAAAGAGACAGUUUAAAU